UGUAAAGGUUUCAAGUUUCCUCUGUUAUUCCACGUAAAUAAUACGAAACAACGGAAAUAUGAAAUAUUAUUAUAUCAUGAUUAUUUGAAUUGUCGACUGUCUUUGUUGCAAAUCUUAGGUUACAUUAGAAAAUGCGAUUGACGGGUUGGCGAUAUGGAGUAUUCAUAGGAACAUACGUAGGAAUCAUAGGCAUAGCAUCUUAUUUCAUAAUAAUAUCACCUAUAAUAAAUCCAGAACCAUAUCUACGAAUUCGAGAGGAAGUGGCGGCAAGCCAAAGUAGGAAAAAACAGAAGUCUACUGAAGAAACAAGCAAAAAUGUAAAUGCCUAAGAAAAAGGUAGAUGAAUAAAAAGCCAUGGCAUAUAAAAUUAUUUUUUAUUAUAAUCGGACAUAUAUUGCUAAGAUGUUGAUGUAUACAAAAUAGACUGAACGACAUCUAGUAUAUUAAUGUUUAAAAAAUCAGUAA